AUGGCUGUCAGUCUCCCACCAGCUCCCGCAGUCUAUCUGCUCUUGGUCUCCCUGCCUUUGCUGGUUAUUUCGGAGACCAAUUCUUUCCUCACGGGCCAUGCGCUGUUUAAAAUGCUCUCCUCGGCCGCCUUCGUCGGCGCGCCGCUCCUCCACCUCUCAGCCGAAUCAUCGCCGUACAACACUUUCGUCACCUACGGCCUCCUCUUCUCCGUCCUCGGUGACUUCCUCCUAAUACCUUCACAAAAUGAGUACUACAGCCUAAGCCCCGCUCCAGCCGCGAAAAAGAACAACGGGAGCAGUCCCACUGAACCGGAAGAACCAAAAAUUUCAAUAUCCUUUCAACUCGGCGUCGUCGCUUUUGCAGCAGCGCAUAUAGCCUACAUCCUGGCCUUCCUCCAGAACUCACCGGAAGAUAUAUCAUGGCCAUCGUUUGCCAUCACGUUCGUCACCACGAUGAUGAUCGCAAGAUGGCUUGGUGUCAUAUACCCAUCGCCGGCGAGCAGCAAUGCGCUCAACCUCGUUAUCCCUAAGGACAUGCUGUUCCUGGUCCUGAUAUACGCGGCCAUCAUCAGCUCAAUGCUGGCGGUUGCGGUCUCCACGGUCCCUUCACUGCAACACCAGCGGGUGCUGGGAGCGGCGAUGUUUGUUGUCAGUGAUAUUUUCGUGGCGAAGGAUGCGUUUGGCAAAAGGUCACGGCCCAAGAAUGAGAGAAAUUGGUGGCUACAGUCUGCUACGGGGUGGGGUCUCUACUUCUGGGGUCAGAUGGUUUUGGCUGGGACAGUGGAAGGGAUUUGA